AUGAUCCGGCAAGACGCACAUCGAAUUGACCCCAAGCGCAGGGCUGUCAUUGACCAUAAAAAACGCCAGUUUGCCGCACCUGCCUACAAACAGCAAGACUACCCAUUCCGGCUGAACCUCUACGAGACGCCGCCAACGGCGGAGAUCACCCUCGAGCAAUUUGAGCAAUGGGCUAUUGACAGACUGAAGAUCCUGGCCGAGAUCGAAGCAUGCUCCUAUCGAAACAAGACCCCCGCCGAGACGGCUGCGCAUAUCACGCCGCUGCUGCAGAAAUUCCUCCCUCUCUCCUCCAACACGUCCUCCCCCAAUGGUGCAGCGGACCAGCGUCUGAAGAAUGAACGCCAGAAGGACCACUACUCCCACUUCAUUCUCCGCUUGGCCUUCUCCGCCACUGAGGACCUGCGCCGGCGGUUUGCACGCGCGGAGACCAUGCUGUUCCGAUUCCGCUUCCAGCAAGAUGACUCCAAAGAGAGACGCGCGUUCAUCGAUGGUCUCAGUCUCGACUGGGAGCCCGUUGGUGAGGAAGAGAAGAAUGAAGUCGCGGAGAGUCUGGUGGGCGCCACGCCUGGGCUUCGUCGGGUGGAUGAUGAAACUUGGUAUAAAGUCGACUGGGAGAAGGUACCUGAGCUGGUUGAGCGGCGGUGUGUCUUUCUGAAGAAAGGCAAGGCGUAUGUUCCUGGCCGAGAACAAUUGAGUAUGAUCAUUGCCGAGUUCACGGCACGCUUGGAACGAGCACUAGAGCUUACGAGCCGUGCCCUGCCGCGCCUGGAUGAGGACGACCGCCUGACUCCCAUCUUAAAUCACCUCUCCAAGAACUUCGGCAGCGCCGAGUCCGUGUACUCGGAAGGCGAAGGUUAUGUGGACGGUGCUCCCAUUACGGCCGCCUCCAUUGACCAGCUCUCGCAGCACUUCCCGCUGUGCAUGCGCAACUUACACACCAAUCUGCGGAAGAACAACCAUCUGAAGCAUUUUGGACGACUGCAAUACACUCUGUUUUUGAAGGGCAUUGGUCUCUCCUUGGAGGAAUGUAUUCUCUUCUGGCGCCAGUCAUUCAAGGGGUUUACCGAUGACGAAUUUAACUCUCGUUACAAGUACAAUAUCCGCCACGCCUACGGGGAUGUCGGGGGAGACGUCAACCGGCGUGGCCGGGGCUAUCCGCCCUACUCAUGCCAGAAGAUCCUCGGCGAUUCCAACCCGGGUGUUGGGCAGAGCCACGGGUGUCCGUAUCGCCAUUACUCUGUCGAUAACCUCGUCGGACUGCUCCAGUCCACCGGCGUUCACGACAAAGAGGUGUUGCGGGGCGUGCGCGAAGAUGUGGGCAAGACACGCUAUCACAUUGCUUGUAACCGAGUGUUUGAGUGGGCGCACAAGAACGAGAUCAAGAAGGUCAAGGAGGAUGGGACCUGGAGUGCGGCGGAUCUGGAUACCAUUGUCCAUCCCAACACCUAUUUCAAGCGCAGCUACCUUCUCAAGCAGCUGGCCAAGGCCCCGCGGGACGCGUGA